GUACGAGAGUACUCAAGAAAACACUGGAGGCAUUAAGUAACGAUUCUGAACUUGGUGACGUUGCGAGAGGAUAUUUGGAACGGGACGAAUUCUUCGAGAAUGAUAAGAUAAGCAAUGAGCACUGGAAAAAUGUCUUGAUCCCAUUUUUGACACGGCACAAGUUGAAAAAUGCACUUUCCACGGAAGAUGAAAAAAAGCUGGUGGAAAUGUUCGGAGAGAAAAAUGAACAGAAGCUCUUUGAGCAAGGAAACUUAAAAUUGGUAGUCAGCAUGUUUGCAGACCAAGUCCCUUUAGAUUUCAUUGAUGAAUGUUGCGUGCAAUAUACCGUUGUGGAAUGGGCUGCUGUGAUCCCGGGCAUUUGCUGUUACAUUGAAUGGGUCGCUGUGAUCGCGGAAAUUACAUGUUGGUAUAAUUUACCACAUCUGCCGUUGCAGACUAAAUCUCUUUAG